AUGCUGGGGAAGGCCAUAUCGCGGGUUUCUCGCCUUCCUUCGCGCGCCACGCGCCUCACCACACGAAUUGUGAAGCCAACAGUAAACGUUAAGGAGCGGCCACCUGUACAACAACAAGCCGCUCCCAUUCUUGAACCUGUGUAUCUUUCUCUCACCCCUUCACUCAAGCGCGGGCGAUGGGAUCCUCCCGCCGAAAGCAACGUCGCUGUCCUUGAACCCACCGUGUUCCGACACCCACUUCGAAAGGACAUCCUCCACCUCUGCGUCACUCAUUACCUAGAUUCCUUGCGUCAAGGCUCAGCAAACACUAAAACUCGUGGAGAAGUCCGAGGGUCUGGCCGCAAGGUUCGUCGUCAGAAGGGAACAGGCAAAGCGCGUCUCGGUGAUAACCAAAGUCCCAUGCUGAGAGGAGGAGGUGUCGCCUUCGGACCUAAGCCCCGAGAUUUCAGCACUAAACUACCACGAAAGGUCAUAGAGAUGGGCAUGCGCGUCGCCUUGAGCGCUAAGCUUCGGGAACAGCGACUAGGCGUCAUGACUCGAUUAUACUGGCCUAAUGGUAAAACAAAGUACCUUGUGCGGAGAAUCGACCAACUCGGCUUGCGCAAGACUUUGUUUAUCAGCGGAGAGCCAACUGUGCAUGAAGGCUUGCGACGCGCUAUUGGUAACAUCCCCCUCGUGCAGUUGAGCAGCGUGAGCGACAUAACCGUCUACGAACUCAUGAAAUGGGAUAGAGUCGUUAUGGAUUUGAAGGCUGUCGAAUACUUCGAGCAGCGUCUGAAGAAACAAAACAUCCCUACAACUGCUUUACCCAUCGCCGCAGCUGAAGAAGUCAAGGUGCCAGUAACCCUUCUUGCUGAGGAAUCCCAGACACUCCAGACUAGUUCGCCCUAA